AAGAUCAUCCCCACGCUGCCCUCGGACAAGCUCAGCAAGAUCCAGACGCUCAAGUUGGCCGCUCGCUACAUCGACUUCCUGUGCCAGGUGCUGCAGAGCGACGAGCUGGACCACAAGGUCGCCACCAGCUGCAACUUCCUGGCCCACGAGAGGCUCAGCUACGCCUUCUCCGUGUGGAGGAUGGAGGGCGCCUGGUCCAUGUCGGCGUCGCACUGAGCCGGGUCUCCGCCUCGAUGGAAGCAGCUCCAGCACCCAAAACCCCACCAGAACCUCCCUGGAGAGAGGAGGGAAGGACCCCAAACCCCUGACAGCCCCAGGGACCCCAAAAACUUUAGGGAUGAGCCCGAGGGAGCCGCAGCAGGAGCUGCUUUGGGUCGGUUCGGACGCUGCUGGAGGAACUCGGGGCUGUGAUUUAUUGUGGGCUCGCAGGUAAGGAACCAUCCCCAGAUCCCAAUUUCCUCCUGUGGGACUGCCAGAGAGCUGAGCCCUUCCCAGAGCAGGACAAUUCCUCCAGGAUGAGGGGAAGGGGAAGGGCUGGAGCCCCCCAAGGACCUCAGGGGUCCCCCCACUUUCAUCCCACUCCGAAGGCUCCGCGCCGGGACGAUUCCAUGGACUGUGUUCCCAUGGAC